CGUCACGCCGUUAGGGGGGUCUGGGGACCGGCCGCAGUGCCAGGUCCUGUCGCCGUGGCCCUUCCAUUGCCUGCUUUCCGCGGCGGCUCGGGCUUUAAUUCAUUGCUGGAAGCUUCCGAACCAGCACGGCCGAGUUAACUCGUUUUCCCGUGACCGACUAGGGGAACCCUCUGCGGAGUACCUAGUGGCUCCAGAAACCGCCCUUUGCACCCAUCGGGAAGGCGUGAUGUGUGGUGUCUGCUGAUAGGCAUUUGCCAGUGACCUUCCGCGCCCGCUCUCUGCGGCCAGCCUGCGGAGGAGACACGUUUUGGCUUCCUUUGGCUUCUUCUGAAUUGAGGGUACGUGCCCUGAAACUGGACUGUGGAAGAGAAGCCCAUUUCUGUUGAAUGAAGAAGCACAGACUCAAAUACAGCCUGGACAGUUUGUGGUUUCGCUUGUAUAAUCCUGAGGGCUUGAUGGCUCAGAGGAAUGUCUUACGUUUCUAGUCAUAGAGCCAGGAAUCACCCGAAUUCCAAGCAUUUGCUUGGACAAGACAAAUAACUUCACUGUAACCUGAAUGCCAUGGGGUUUGUUUUUUUUUACGUGUACGUCCUUUAUAUUGGUGCUGCUGUUUCUGUAAGAUGAAAGGAACUUCAGAUAUUCUUGGUUAUGAUUAGUAGCUGUUCCUUCUUUAGGCAAGAAAAGAAAUGGCUGUGAUAGGGAAGGCAUGAAGUGGGUUAGGAAUGGGUGGUGGGCCAGGGGCUGACAGGUAUAUUGCUGUUGAGUGACAUGGAGUCAGUUCCAACUCAUAGUGACCCUGUGUACAACAGGACAAAACACUGCCCAGUCCUGUGCCGUCCUCACAAUCGUUGCUAUAUUUGAGCCCAUUGUUGUAGCCAUUGUCUUAGGCCAUCCAAGCAUGAUGUCCUUCUGCAGGGACUGUUCCCUCCUGAUAACAUGUGCAAAGUAUGUGAGAUGAAGUCUCACCAUUGAAGCAUUCUGGCUCUAUACUUCUUCCAAGACAGAUUUGUUCGUUCUUCUUCCGAGUGUAAGAACCUGCAUUUGUGACUUUGCCCUCCAACUGUACCAUUUGCAAGAUUCUUAUGCUAGCACCAAUUGCCAAAUGGUCAUGUGUUAUCAAAAUAGAAUAGUGGUGGAUUUUAAAGACAGACAAUUAUUGAUGAAGAGCAAACUCUUUGUUACUUGAUUUGCCUCCCCCCUGCCGCCCCCGCUUCCCUUUCUGGGCUGUUUGGCCAUGGUAAAAACCCCUUGCGGUCGAGUCAAUUCCGACUCAUAGCGAUCCUAUAGGACAGAGUAAAACUAUCCCAUAGAGUUUCCAAGGAGUGCCUGGUGGAUUCGAACUGCAGACUUCUUGGUUAGCAGCUGUAGCUCUUAAUCACUGUGCCACCAGGGUUUCCUUGGCCAUGGUGGGGAUGAAUUUAUUUAGCAGGUGGGCUCUUGGGAAAUGGAGGGGCGAUAAAAAGACAUUCUGGGGUCCUUUGUGGGGGUCUCUCUCAGGUGCUUGGAGCCAGCAGCUCCUGGGAGAACGAGGAGGCUCACCCUAUACCCCCUUGUUGCCCAUGAGAAUGAUUUAAUCCGUGCUUCCUGUGCAGACCACAGAGGAUGGAGACCACUCCUGGAAGGCAUUGCCCGUGUUUCCAGUCUAGCUGGGAAGCCUUGGCGGAAAUGAAACAACCAAGAAUGUACAGUACACCCAGUGAUGAUGGUGCAAACUCCCUAGCUGCUGAGAAAGGCAUCCUAAAGGGGAAGUGAAUCACAGGCCCGUUGUGAGAGGAAGCCAUACAUGUGGGGCAGUGGAAAGAAGGCUCUGCGAGGAGAGAGACCCAGCUUAAGCACAAGUGCAGAGGGGAGCCACCAAGCGAUGCCGAGCGAGUAUAACUGUGUGAAACUGAGAAGCGAUUGCUCAAGACCUUCCCUGCCAUGGUACACCCGAGCUCAGAAUAAGAUGAGAAGACCCAACUUGUUGUUCAAAAACAUUGUCAAAUGUGUAUUGCUUGUGUUUGGACUGUGGAUCCUUUAUAUCCUCAAGUUAAAUUAUACCACUGAAGAGUGUGACAUGAAAAAAAUGCAUUACGUGGAUCCCGACCGAGUCAAGAGAGCUCAGAGGUACGCACAACAAAUCUUGCAAAAGGAGUGUCGUCCCAAGUUUGCGAGGACAUCCAUGGUUCGGUUGUUUGAGGGCAGGUACAGCAGGGACCUGCUGCCCUUUGUGAAGCCGACCACCACCAUGAAUGAAGCCGAGUACAAGUAUGACCCUCCUUUUGGAUUUCGAAAGUUCUCCAGUAAAGUCCAGACCCUCUUGGAACUUUUGCCUGCCCAUGACUUUCCUGAACACCUGGAAGCCAAGAGAUGUAAGCGUUGUGUGGUUAUCGGAAGUGGUGGAAUACUUCACGGACUAGAACUGGGCCAUGCCCUGAACCAGUUUGAUGUUGUGAUAAGGUUAAACAGUGCACCUGUUCAGGGAUACUCAGAGCAUGUUGGAAAUAAAACUACCAUAAGGAUGACUUACCCCGAGGGUGCGCCCCUGUCUGACCUUGAGUAUUAUUCCAAUGACUUGUUUGUUGCUGUUUUAUUUAAGAGUGUUGACUUCAUCUGGCUUCAAGCAAUGAUAAAGAAUGAAACCCUGCCAUUUUGGGUGCGAUUGUUCUUUUGGAAGCAAGUGGCGGAAAAAAUCCCACUACAUCCAAAACACUUCAGGAUCUUGAAUCCAGUUAUCAUCAAAGAGACUGCCUUUGACAUCCUUCAGUACUCGGAGCCACGGUACAGGUUCUGGGGCCGAGAUAAGAACGUCCCCACGAUUGGCAUCAUCGCUGUCAUCUUAGCCACGCAUCUGUGCGAUGAAGUCAGCGUGGCGGGGUUUGGGUAUGACCUCAGUCAGCCCAGGACCCCUCUGCACUAUUUCGACAACCAGUGCAUGGCCGCCAUGAACUUCCAGACCAUGCAUAACGUGACGACGGAGACCAGGUUCCUUCUCAGACUGGUCAGGGAAGGCGUGCUGAAGGACCUCAGUGGCGGCAUCCACUGUGAAUUUUGAACCCAGAAAACCUCACCGGAAAUGCAGCUGUGCCUCCGGGGCUGUGUCUAAUAGCCUUCUGGGGGCAUUUCAUCCUCUGGAUAUUUUGAAGUGCAGCUGGCAUUUCUAACUUCUAUUUUUUUUUUUUUAAGUUUAGCUCUUCCCAUUUUUGUUUUUUUUUCCGUUUAUUUGAGGUCGGUGUUUUUUGCACAACAUUUUGUAAGUUAAUUUUGAGGAUUGAAUUGAGUUGGAAAGACUUUUUAAAGAGAAUUUUAUGUAAUGAUGUUUUAUUGUGUUAUGAGAAACUAAUUUAAUUUGUGAAAACCCUAUCCAUGUGCUGCACAUAGAAUGCCAGGUCAUUGAGUGGAAAGAGAGGAGAAGGCACUCCUGUGGCAAUAGCCUGGAAUGCCUGCUUCUGUUCGCUCUUGCCCUCUUUGGGGGAACAGAUGUCACAGGCAUUCCUAGGAUAAUGUGAUCAGUAGCUAGACCACUAGUACUGGUUCUGUACUGGUUCGGCAAAGCUGCUGUGAGGGCUGGGCGGGGUGGAAAUGUUCCCAGCUUUCUCUGUUGGUCUGGUUCCUGCCUGGAGUCUUGUGGGAAUGACCCAGAGCAGCUGUGUCCUGCGGGGUGGGACACAGAAGACAUUCUCUGUGUCCCUGGAUGCUAUGAAGCUGCCCCGGGCUGCAGAAAGCCACCGUCUGCUCAGCAGUUACGACAACUCUUGACUCGAGUUUUUUACUGCCCUUUCAAAGCACUUAUGUGUUUAACCUGAGGUGUCGCCCUGUCUCUGAGGUAGCUUAUAAAAAGUUAGGGUAAAACCUCUGCUAUCCAGAGUCACAGGGGAAUAAAUCUUUUCCAAGAAAAAUCUUGUUUUCUGAAACACUGAAAGAAAAUCCUCCCAGUAUUUAAAAUUGCGUAUUUAAAAAAAAAAAAAAAUUUUUUUUUGAAUGCCUGCCUGGCAUUGUGUACCAGGCAGUGUACUGGUUAAAAAAAGAAUAAAGACUUUUGAGGCACUCUCGCAGUCUAGUUAA